AUGAAAAUUCGCAUGGAUGAUUAUGUGGAUCGCAUGCUGAGUGAGUUUCCAGUCAAGUUUAAGGACAAUGAGAUCCAGGAGACACCAGCUGGAAAUAGUCUACUGGAGAAAGACCUCAAAAGUCAUACUGGAGCUGUGAUGACAAUGGGCACUGGAGCAGUGCAAGCAAUUCCACGAAAGCAGAAAUUGAAUUGUGACAGCAGUACACAUGCUGAACUAAUUGGAGUCCAUGAUGCGAUGUCCAAUAUUUUGUGGACCCGCUUAUUUAUGGAAGAACAAGGUUACCCAAUCGAGAAGAAUAUACUAUAUCAAGAUAACAAGAGUUCGAUCCUACUUGAGACAAAUGGGAGAUCGAGCGCAGGCAAAAGGAGCCGUGCGCUAAAUAUUCGGUAUUUCUUUGUGACGGAUCAAGUUGAAUUGGGCAACAUUACUAUUGAACACAUGCCAACUGAUGAAAUGUGGGCAGAUUACAUGACGAAGCCGUUACAGGGCGAAAAGUUUCGCAAAUUCCGGGCUGUAAUUCAAGGUGACCAGGAUUAG